AUGAAGGCCUCUUUAAUCACACUGAGUGCCGUGCUCGGCCUGGCCUCGGCUCAGAAUGCCGUCGUGCACAAUCAUUGUCCCAACACUGUCUACGUACAGUCGUUCCCGUACGGUGGUGGUGCCCCAGGCACUCUUACCACCGUGCCUAACGGAGGGACCUUCUCCGAGAAAUUCAGGACAUCCGGCUCGACCAUUAAGAUUGCCAAGACCAAAACGCUGGACAAGCCUCUCUUCUUUGGCUACUCGUUCUCCAAGAACCCAGACUACGCAUACUAUGAGCUAAGCUCAGAAUGGGGCAACCCCUUCGCUGCGAACCCCAACUCGCUCAGUCCCGGCGAAGGAUGUGAGGUCUUCGACUGUGCUGCCAAUGAUGCCUCCUGCUACAGUACCCCUUCCCACAAAAAGGUUUAUGGCUGCCCCCAGCCAGUUGACCUCACAGCGGACCUAUGUCAGUAA